AUGAUGGUGGACAGUAUGGCAUUCCAGUUACAAGUAAUAAAAAUUAGAGCAACCGAUUCCGCCACCCUUGUUUAUCCCAAAAGGAAAAUAUACAUGUACUCGACUCACGGGUGCUAUGAAUUAGGAGAUAUCCGUAGUGGAAGUAUGUCUGGUGAUGAUUCCUUCCUGAAAUUCAACUGUUCCCAUCCUCAACGCUACAAUACAUACUCAAGGGAAACAAAGGUUUAUUUUUAUUUCAUUCAUACUAAAAAGUGA